AUGGCUUCUACAUUUUCUUUUGAAUUGAUUGUGAAAUCUGAUCGAUGUUUUCGUUUGGGCAGAAUAAUAUGUUUGCGAAACAAAGAAAGAAAAGUUAUGAGUACACCAAAUUUUCUAGCUUAUACCGUUCGUGGCUCAGUUCCACAUUUGACUCCAGAUAAUUUGCGUGAAAUUUCUGUUGAAGCAUUGGAAAUUCCACUUGAAAAUUUCUUAGAAAUUCAACCUCCCCCAUCAUCUUUAUAUCCACACGGAGCACAUAAAUUCUUUAAUUUUGAGAAUUUAUUGUUAUUUUUUGAUAUUCGUGAUCCAGGAGAAUUAAAACAAGUUUCAUUUAACACUGAUAAAUUUGUCUCUGUUUUCACUCUUCACGGUGUUUGUAAAAUCACAUCAGAUACUUAUGUUAAAUACAUUAAUUCAUAUAAUCCAGAUGCAGUUAUAAGUUUAGCAGACAUGACUACUUUUCAAAAAACUCCAGGUUUAAAAAGAAUUAAGAAAUCUGUCAAUAGAACUUUGGAUUGGUUAGAUUAUGCAUUAGAAAACAUAAAGGAAGGAAUUCAGAUUUUUGGGGCGUUAGUUGGACAUAAUAAUCAUGAAGAACGAAUUAGGUCGGCACAUGAGACAGCAAACAGGAAUGUGGCUGGAUUUUUAUUAAAUGGUCUUGAUCUUGGGACUACAUCAAGAGAACGUUUAGAUUUAUUAAAAAUUUCAAUAAGUAAUCUGCCGGAUGAUAAACCUCGAAUUGCAUAUGGCUUUGAGAAUCCAGUGGAUAUUCUUAGAGGGAUUUUUGAAGGAAUUGAUAUUUUUGAUGGUAGUUAUCCUUCAAAAAAAACUGAAGAAGGAAAUGCACUCAUAUUCACAUUAGAAAAUGAAGAAUUAAUCAAUGAUGAUGAUACAGGGAAAUCACUGCUCCUCUAUCUUCAUGAUGAAAAAUAUAAAACAGACUUCCGACCUUUAUUAUCUUCAUGUAAAUGUUAUGCAUGUCGAAAUCAUACAAGAGCGUAUAUUCAUCAUUUGUUAAAAACACGAGAGAUGUUGGCAACUGUGUUAUUGAUGAGGUAA